AGUUCCCUAUUCCAUUCGAACGUCAAGUUAAUUUAACAGGUUGCUAAAAUAUUUAUGCAUUCAAUUACUGAUUUUUAUUCGCUGAGCAACCUGUAGGAGCAAAAUAAUUAGUUCACAUAUGGCACAGGGGACCUGUCACCCCUUUUGGCCCCCAAAAUUUUGUUCCCCAUAGAUAUAAAAGAAUCACGUUUCUAUAUGCUUCUAUAUUCAUUGUUAAUAUUGAUGAAAUUUUUCUGAAUUUUUAUCAAAUUAUGAUCUGUCAAAAUUGUGACAAGUGUAUUAAAAAUGACCAUAAUAUCGAAGGUCCUUGUGAGAAAGAGAAGCUUUAGUGUCGUGGUCCGUGCAAUCUGCGACGAGCGACCGUUCAGAAUUUAUUGUCGGAUCUCGGAGCUGGAAUACGUUCCUGUAUACAACUUGAUCAGCUUGAAGGGUGGUCUGAACCUGAUAUGCAACCCUGAAAUCUAUGUGAUCGUGGACGAACCUACCCUCGAUGUUUAUCUAUGGAAACAUAAGACUUCUCGGAAAUCGCAUAUAAAGAAUGACUCCAUUGAAAUCAUCACCGAAAGCAAUGCUGAAACCGAUUUCGAUUUCAUCCGCAGCGAUAUGAGAGAAUCCUCGUCUUUCAUGCUGUCCGACGUGGAAAUAUUGCAGUGCGCUUUAUCGAUCAGAAAGGUGCAUGACGAUGAUCCUGGCGCCCGUUUUCGUUAUUUAUUCGUGAAAACUUCACCUGUAUACGGGCGCGAAUUGAAAGAUACCAUUAGACAAGUGAAUAUUUUGGUGAAGGGUUUUCCAGAAAUCAAGAGCAAUCCUAGUUGCGAACCCUUUUUAGAAGUGAAAAAACUUCGUUCGCAAACGCCCAGUAGAAGCUCGAAAAAAAGAAGAAAAUAAAAAAAUUUUUAUUGCCAGUAAAAAUUUUAAUAAAUUGGAGAUUCAAGAUUCUAUAUAAUAUUUUUAAGGGUAAAUUAGAAAUAGCUUUUAACCUGGAUUUUUCUAUAUUAUAUCGACACAAGAAUUUAUGAAAAGUUUUUCUCAGAAAUUCAAGAUUUUUCAACUUCAAAACGUACGCAGAUUUUAUUCCAGAAUUAUUUUUGCUUCCAUAUUCCAUGAAAUUUUCUGUAUGCCGUUUUUUAUCAUGUUUGUAAUAUUUUUAACCGUAAAUUAAAAAAUAGCUUUUAACCUAGAUUAUUUUUAUAUGAUAUGAGCUGUCAGUAGAAAGUUGAAAAUUAAAAAUGUUUCAUCCCUCAAAUGCAGUAGCGAAACUGGACAGGGGCAGGAUGCACCUGGUUCUAAAAACCUGAACUGGUUCCUUAUAAAAAAAGGACCCUUAUCAAAUUUCAGAAUUCCAAAAUUUCUAAGUUUCUAAAGGACCUGGCCCACCCCCAAAAAAGGUCCAGAUUACGCCAAUGCUGAAUCGUGCACAGAUUUUACUCUAAAAAUAUUUUUUCUCAUCAUAUCAUUUCUGAACAAUAAACAGAAAAGUAGGUGUGUAAUUGAGACAUUUCUUUCAUAAAAACAGCUCGACGUAAAUGUACUUUAAAAAAUGAGCUGCAGAUGGAUGGAAAUGGAUGAAAAAUGAUUUCAUUUUGAAAUUGUCGAAAUUGUACGAGGGAGAUGCAUUUAAAUCCGGCUUCAAACGUGACACGGUUCUUGUGUAAUAAAACUAGUACGCGAGUGUGUCGCUACACUUGUCUCGCUCUAAUGAUCAUUAAGCAGACUGAGAAAAGUCAACGGGCCGGGCUAGCACGAGAACAUUACCAGAGUAUUUUCCCUUUAUUUUUCCUUUUCUUCUUCUUCUUUUUCUUUUUUUUCUAAAGUGACGCGUCCUACUAGCGGCAAAGUCUUUCCUGUUUUUUCCUGUGGUGUUUCCUCGCACCCGAGCAUUUCCUUUUAAAUCAUCCUGCCCGUCCCGUCUUAGCCUCCAGCGUCUCAGGAUACUUCAUAAAGAUUUUCUCUUGGACGCUUUCUACUUUCUGUUUUUGCCUUCUUCGAGCUUAAAAGACGUCCCAUUCAAAGUUGAAAACGUAGGAACUGUGUCCGGCCGCGUUAUUCUCGGCUUUAUAGCAGGCUAGCUUCUCUAACCGGAGACAAAUUUUUAAUCAAACAGAAUAUUUCACGAGGGAAAAUCCUUUUUCCGUUUAAUCCUUGCUAAGAGAACAAACGUCCACUGUGAAUUAUGAAAGAAUUUAAAUUACAUUUUGGAUUUUCAACACCCGAAUCAUUACUGUAUUUCAUUUUCAUUUUCCAACUAUUUGUAGAUUUUAUUUUCUAAUUAGGUGUUCAAUGACCUUACAUGUUAAUUAUUGUUCUGUACAGGAGAACAGCUCCUUUCAGAUUGAUAAACGAGUUGAUUAACAGGUUCGCGGGUGAAAUCUUGUCGGUGGAUAUUUAACCCUGUGAAUGGAAAACGGGACACCGGGCUAUCAGAGACGCAGUGUGACGUCAAUGGGUCAAAGUGUCUGUCCUUGUUAAAGGGGUUUCUGGAAUGUUGCGUUCACGCGUUUGAAUCUACGCGAAUCCGGCUGGAUCUCGAUGUGGUUUGGCAGGGAAUUCGUGUCGCUAGCAAUUUAACCCUUUCCGUAGGAAGGGACCAACUUUAACGCUGGAACUAAGCCAUCAAACUUUCAAUUUAGAAUUUUCCCAUAUUUUCAUUUGCCUGGAAAUAUUGGCCGGUAAGAAAAUUGCGUUUUAGUGGUUUAUUCUCAAGGAGAAAAGUGGUUAUCGAAUAAGAAUGAACACUCUGCGUAAUUUCUCCGGGGAUACUGUCGCUGCCUUUACGGUGCUCGGUCUAUUUUCCCAGUCUAUGGGGAAAGUGAUACUUCGCUAACUCUUCGGAGACUCAAAAAAUAAAGUAUCAGUAUUGCAAUGAGAAAUGGCAAGAUUUUGGUAUUUUAUCAACCCUUGAUUU